AUGACUAAUCCGCAAAUACGAACAGAAGAAUCCCCUCAGAGUCAAACCCCGCUUCUAAUUUCAAUUCAACAGCAACCAGCAGAGGAAAAUGGGGAUAAUAAGACAAAUAACAAUAAUCACGAGAAUAAGAAGAACGAUGACGGUGGUGGAGAAAAUAAUGAUGAUGAGGAGGAUGAGAGUAAAGUGGAGGAGAGCUUGGCACGGUUGGAGCGGUUUCUGACGGUGUUAGGGUUCAACCAGCACUCGGCGUUGAGUUUGGUGAUUUCUUGGAGCUUGUUCGCGGCGGUGGGAGUAGCGGCGCCGCUGGUGGCGCUGUCCAUUUGCGAGUGCCCGGAAUGCGAUAGGUACGAGAUCAAGAGCUUCGAGAUGGUGAUCGUGGCGUUUCAGGCGAGUCUUGCCGCCGUCUCCUUGCUCUGUCUCUCCCACAACCUCCGCAAGUACGGUCUCCGCAGGUUCCUCUUCGUUGACCGCUACUCCGGAAAGAUGCAUUGCUUUCACCGCGAGUACGUCGCUCAGAUUUCGGGAUCUAUGCGCUUGCUUUUUCUGUGGGUUUUACCAUGUUUCCUUCUGAAGACCGCUCGAGAAGUCAUUCGCAUUUUCUAUGUUCAACAUGGAUCCUGGUGGCUCUCACUCGCUAUUCUGUCAGCUUUGAUUAUAUCAUGGACUUAUAUGAGUACAAUCUCUCUGUCAGCCUGCAUUUUAUUUCACUUGGUCUGCAGUUUGCAAGUGAUCCAUUUUGAUGAUUAUGGGAAGCUCUUGCAAAGGGAAAGCGAUGUUUUAGUUUUUAUGGAAGAGCACAUUCGGUUACGUUAUCAUCUCUCCAAGAUAAGUCAUAGGUUCAGAAUCUAUCUGCUUCUGGAGUUCUUGGUUGUCACAGCUAGCCAGGUUGUGACGCUUUUGCAGGUCACUGGAUAUGGUGAAAUGCUGACCUUCAUCAAUGGUGGAGAUUUUGCUGUAUCCACACUUGUUCAGGUGGUGGGCAUCAUUAUUUGUUUGCAUGCCGCAACAAGAAUUUCUCAUAGAGCUCAAGGCAUUGUUUCCCUUGCAAGCAGGUGGCAUGCAAUGCUAACAUGCACAUCUUCCGAUGCACCACAAUUGCGAAGCUCUGCUAGUGCAGGGAGCUUGGAGGCUGCAAACCAUUUAAAUGCGAUACAUAUAGACUAUUCUGAAAGUGAUCUAGAGUCAAUGGAUUAUGCUGGAAUGUUUUCAAAUACCCAAUGGACUUCCUAUGUGUCUUCACAUCAUAGGCGACAAGCUUUUGUGAUGUAUUUGCAGACAAAUCCAGGAGGAAUCACAAUAUUUGGAUGGACAGUGGAUCGUUCUCUAGUCAACACUAUAUUUUUCCUUGAAUUGAGUCUGGUUACAUUUGUUCUCGCAUACUUAUACCGUUCUCUUGUUGAAUUGCGUGUAACUUUGCACUUGGAGUGUUGGAAGCAGAAGGCUUUGGACACGGCAACCAUUCGCUUUGGGUGUGCUAGUGUUGAUGGAGAGUCAUCUUACCAACCAAUGCAAAUUCCUGUGAAGUGUUAG